GUAAAUUGGUGCAGUUAAUGUGGAUAAAUAUGAAAAGCAAAUAAAAAGAAUUUAAUGACGUCAAAAAUCACGCCGUACUUAUGCGUCGUGCAGUUUUUAUUCAUCACAAGGCCUGCAUUAUAGUACCGUAGCGUGGGGUAAUUGAGCACUUUCUGGGGUAAUUGAGCACCCGUAAACAUUUUAAUUUUAAAAGUCAUAUAAAAUAGAUAAUAUCAAUGCUUAGAUUAGUUUCAAGAUAUAAAUAUUUAAAUUAACUUUUUAAAAUUGUAUGUUGCUAAUUACAACUGUUUUGGUCAAAAAUAAAUAGCUGAUAACAUUUUAAAUACAUCACGAUGCAGAAUCAUAAAAUUCCGUAAAAAUUAAUAACUGGAAAUACUAAGGAUAUCUGAUAAAAUGGUGAGAAACUACGUAAAAUCAAAACAAAAACUUUUCAAAACCUACACAGAUUAUGAACUUAAAAAAGCAGUAGAACUUGUUAAUGAUGGAGAAACUUGUAAACGUGUGGCAAGGCUAUUGAACAUAUCACACAGAACUCUAAGAUGUCAUGUUAGUGGUUUAAGAAAAACUGGUGUGGUUGGUCGAAGGAGUGCAUUGUUACCAGAAGAGGAAGUAACAAUUGCUCAAUACAUUGCAACUUUUAAUGAUUUUGGCUAUGCAUUCGAAAUAGUAGACCUAAAGCUGUUUAUACAAAGUUUUCUUCAAAAAUCUGAUAGGGAUUGCCCAUAUUUUAAAGAAAAUUUGCCUGGUAAUGAUUGGGUGAGAUCAUUUUUAAAACGACAUAAAAAAUUGCUAUCUUAUCGAGCAUGUCAAAAUAUUUGUAGAAAAUGUGCUGCAGUUUCAUGUGAUUCUGUAAAUAGAUUUUUUAGUAAUUUAGAAGAAACUAUAAAAAAUAUUUUACCUCAAAAUAUAAUAAACUAUGAUGAAACAAAUCUUUCUGAUGACCCAAAAUCAAAACAAAUGAUAUUCCGAAAGGGUACUAAACAUGCUGAACGAGUUAUAAAUACAUCAAAGUCAUCAGUGUCUAUUAUAUUUGCAUGUUCUGCUGAUGGUGUAUUUCUUCCUCCAUAUUCAGUGUAUAAAGCUGAGCGUCUACUGGACACAUGGAUACUUAGAGGUCCAAUGGGUGCACGAUAUAACCGAACAAAGUCUGGUUGGUUUGAUAGUCACUGUUUAUAGAUUGGAUGCAAACAUUAGUAAUACCUUACUUCAGACAUGUUGACAAUGACGCACCAAAAAUUCUCAUUGGUGAUAAUUUAGCAUGCCAUUUGUCUAUUGAGGUUAUAGAAAUUUGCGAGGCUAAUAAUAUUAUGAUGGUCUUUUUACCUCCAAACAGUACACAUUUGCUACAACCUCUAGAUCUUGCAGUUUAUGGACCCAUGAAAUCAACAUGGAGAAAAGUGCUUACUGCAUGGAAAAUUGGGGAAAGGAGGUUUUAUACAUCCCUACCAAAAAAUGUUUUCCUGAGAUUGCUCCUUAAUCUAAUAUCUAAUAUGGACCACAUACAAGAGUUUGCUGUAAAUGGGUUUAAAACAUCUGGUAUCUACCCGCUAAACAGAAAAAAAAUUAUUGAUAAGAUUUUAAGAGCAGACAUUUCUACAUCCUCUCAAAACUUAGUAUCCCCGUUAGUUCUUGAACGUCUUUAAGAACUUAGAGAAGCAUCUGCUAAAUAGCCUGGGGCAGUGUUGCGUGGGAAAAAAGUCAAGGUUUCACCGGGAAAAAGUGUUUCACUUGAUGAUGUUGCAGUUUCUUCUGUUUUAAAAUCCCAAUCAAAACGCAAGCUAAUCAAAAUAAAAAAUAUCCUUUUGAAUGACUCCUUAGAUAAAAUAACUUCUUCAGUAGAUUUGGAUAGUUUUAAAGAUAUUAUCGAUUAUGAUAUGCCUUCCAGCUCCAAGAUGUAUAUAGAGCUACAAGAAGAUUCUGCAAAAAAAUCUGAGGGUCAGCAGAAAGUCAAAAGUAAAACGUUAAAAAAAAAAGAUUUAUUUGCUAAAAAAAGUAAUUUAUAUAAUGGUGUUUCUGGCCUUUAUGGUUCCAUUUUCCAUCAAAAGCAAACACAUAUCCAAAAAAAGCUUGAAACUGCUUAAAUGAAGACUGCUUAAAAAAGAGCUUUGAAUCAGAUCCUAAUUCUAAUAAAGAAGAUUCUGGUAUGGUUGUAACCUCUAAAUAUCCAUUAGUAGAGGGUUCUUAUAUUAUUGUAAGGUUUGAAGGAAAAAAGGUACCAUAUCAUUUUGUAGGUCAAGUUGUAAAUUCAGAGGAAGAUAAUAAUUGGAACAUUAAAUACUUUAGACGAGAUUUUGAUGCUUCAAACCCAAGAAUCAUAUCCUUCAAAGAACCGCAAGUUCCUGAUUACUUAUUAACAGAAAGCAAAUCUAUUGUUAAACAGCUUCCUUGUCCCCAAUAUGAAAAAAACAACAUAUCUUUUUUAAAAGAAAUCAUUGGUGACUUAUAUAUGCGUUGAUAUAUCUGUAUCAUAUAUUUAUAUUUUUUUGUUUUAUUUUGUUAUAAAG